AUGCGGGAGCAGACUUUUAAGGAAUCUACCAUACAAUCAGCAUUCCGGAAAGCUGGAAUCUGGCCUAUAAGCUGUAAUACAGCCCUUGAGAAGCUGCGUGCUUCUGUUGCGACGUGGGUUGCUGGUUCAACACAGAAAUUCACAGUCGUUGGUAGUAUUACCCACAAGGGUGGAUCUUGCCGAGCCAGUCUGUCCACUGAUGGCGGCAUAACAUUUACGGUCAUCCAGUCCUACAUUGGCAACUGCCUGCUCGUUUCUGAAUUCCCUUUUACGGUCCCUAGCGAUACUCCUACUGGCCCAGCCGUGUUUUCCUGGACGUGGUUUAAUAAGGUUGGCAACCGCGAGAUGUAUAUGAACUGCGCAAGUGUCACCAUUAGUUCAGGGUCAGGAUCAGGCCCUGUGGAUACUGCGUUUAGCUCCCGACCAGACGCCUUUGUCACUAAUGUUGGCAAAGGCUGCAGCACCCUUGAAUCCAUUGAUCUUGAAUUUCCGGAUCCAGGUCCAGAUAUCACGGUGAACAGCAUUGGUACUACUCACCCAAUUGGGUCAUGCUCCCAUGCAGUCACAAAGGCUGGCAUUAGCUCCAUCAAAAGCAUUAGCAUCGGUACCCAAACGUUGUCACUAAGUGGCAAGUGCAGUGGCUAA